UUAAUAAUUUUUUUAUCGGUUGUUUACGAAAAUUGCAUAAGCCACGUACUUUGUAAGGCAUUUAAAUGUGUAUCAUGUGGCGUUUAUCAAGCGAACAACUUUUUGUAUCGAUAGAAAGAAAGUGAAUUAUUAGUUUAUGACCAAAAAAGUGACAAUCGAAUGCGUUUGUUGUCCAUUGGAGGUCCCGUUAUUGCUUCAAAGACCUUAAUCGAAGUUUAAUUCUCUGUAGUUUAUUAAUUUUUAGUAUUCUUAGUAAUUCAUUAAUAGUCAUUAAUGUCAAAUAAAAUCUCCUUGUUCGCAAAAAAAAUCGUUAAAAGUUGCAUUUCACACACGUUCCGUUCGUUAUUUAUAAUUUGUAAUCAACAACACACUUUUUCUUUCAAACACACAACACAGCAAUAGUAACAACUACGUCGUCGUCGUCGUCGACGACUCAACUCCAAUAACACACAAAACCAACCGUUUCAGUCAGUUUUGGAUCAGCCACACACGAACACGACAUAACUCGGGCGCGCAAUAUUUUAUUUUAUUUUUUGAAACGUUUCAUACUUCCUAUUUUCAAAUAUUUUUUAUUAUUAUUUAAUGUUUAAAUGAGCGAAAAAAAAAAUAAAUAAAUAUUUUCUAGUAAAAAUUUUUUGAACCGGCGGGCAGGAAAGAGCCCGAAGCUUUGCAAAAAUAAAGCACAAAAGUGUUAAACAAGUGUCAAAUUCGACUCAAGGUGAAAAAAAUUAGAUAUCAAAGCAAAAGGUAAUCUAACAAAGGGCAAUAAACUGACCCUCUUAACAACAAAAAAAUCUAAACAAAAAGAGAAAGAAAUUUAAAUAAUAAAAUUUUAAGAAAUAUCCGAAAAAAAUAACAAUUAAAAAGUAAUACAAAAGAUUAUCAUCAAAUUUCAACGUUAACAAGAUGAAGAUUUAUUUCAAAGGAAAGUUUCUCAAGCUAUGGCUCGUGAUCGCAUUUUCACUCUUCCUAAUUCUCCUUGGAUUUGGUCUCGUGUUCGGGUUCCAUGCACUUCUUACCUACGUCAUUGACUCCCGAGUUGCCCUCAGACAGGAUGGCGAAUCGUAUCAAUGGUGGUCAAAUCCGCCAGUUGAGCCAGUCAUCAAAAUUUACAUCUACAACGUCACAAAUGCCGAUGACUUUUUGAACAACGGAACCAAGCCAGUGGUCAAUGAAUUGGGACCAUAUUGCUAUGUACAAAAAUGGGAAAAAGUCAAUAUUGUCGAUAACAAGAACGGCACACUGAGUUUCAACUACAAACGAACAUAUCGUUUCGACGAAUCUCUCUCCGCCGGCAGCGAAGAUGACUUGGUAAUUGUGCCGAAUAUCCCGAUGUUGAGUGCCACGUCACAAAGUAAGCACGCCGCUCGCUUUUUGCGACUUGCAAUGGCCAGUAUCAUGGAUAUCUUGAAGAUAAAGCCGUUCGUUGAGGUGUCUGUCGGACAACUUUUGUGGGGAUAUGAAGAUCCGCUGUUGAAAUUGGCAAAAGAUGUCGUGCCGAAGGAACAAAAAUUGCCGUAUGACGAGUUUGGUUUGAUGUACGGAAAGAAUUCAACUCACAAUGAACGAGUAACUGUAUGGACCGGAGUUACGGACAUCACUAAAUUCGGUAUUAUUGAACGUUAUAACGGCAAAACUCAUUUGUCGCACUGGACUUCGGAGAAAUGUAAUCGUUUGAAUGGAUCUGAUGGAUCGAUUUUCCCACCGCAUAUCACAAAGGAUACCACGUUGUACGUUUUCGAGAAGGAUUUGUGUCGUUUGUUGCCUUUGAAGUUCGAAAAAGAAGUGAACACUAAAGCAAACAUUACUGGAUAUCGCUUCACCCCCGACGAAAUGGUCUUCGCAUCAGUCGAUAAGAACCCCGAUAACAUGUGUUUCUGCCCCGCUGGACCUCCAUGCGCUCCAAAUGGACUCUUCAACGUUUCUUUGUGCCAAUAUGAUUCACCUGUUUUGCUCAGUUUCCCUCACUUCUACUUAGCUGACGACUCAUUAAGAACCGCCGUUGAUGGUAUUUCGCCUCCAGAAAAAGAAAAACAUCAACUUUUCAUUGAUGUUCAACCCGACAUGGGAACUGCUCUCCGUGGUCGCGCUCGCAUCCAAAUCAACUUGGCUGUCAGUCAAGUAGUCGACAUCAAGCAAGUUGCUACCUUCCCCGACAUUGUCUUCCCCAUUUUGUGGUUCGAGGAGGGCAUUGACGGCUUACCCGACAUGAUUACGGAUCUCAUGACACUUGCGACAGUGGCGGCGCCUCAAGCUCAAGCCUACGGCAGCAUUGCGAUGUUCGCGCUCGGCAUUCUGCUCUUCAUUACGUCCGUUUACUGCCUCAUCCGGAACUCGCAUCGACAAAGUACGCUUCAUUUGGAGUCGAGCAACUACCUGGCGACGGCAUCUGUGGAUCAGGCGAAGAAAAAGGCUAAAAUGGAAAACGGAAAUGGAAAAUAAUUGCGGAUUAUGUUAAAAAAAUAAUUUUUUUUUUGGUAAAAAUACGUUGUAUUAGGGUUGUAUUUAUAUUUUUACGUAUGAAUAUGGGACUGACUCCUUAUAUUAUGUAAACUUUAAGUCAUUUUUCGGGACUUUUAUCUUCUACUCGUGCACAUUUUUCCUUCUUUCACUCUCUCGCAUGUCCAUAUUUGCCAUUUUUUACCAGACCCAAGAGUCACGAGCGACAUGAGAGACCGCACAUUUUUUUAUUACGUUGAAAUUUUAAAAUUUUUGCUCAAUUCUAGACUCAAAAAUGUAAAUAAAUAAAAAAAGGCAAACUUUAGCUGUGAAAAUUGACAAUAAAAAAUUUAGAAUGUAAGAAAAUUUUUAAAGUUUUCGACGAAUUGAUCGUUCGAGUACUUUAGAGCAUGGAUUACCAAGCUUAAAAAAUUUUUUUCGAAGAUAUUUUUAGCUUUUAACUUUUAUUUUUUUGAUAUCUUGUACUUACCUAAUGUUAGAAAAGGAAAUUAAAAUUAAGUUUUUCGUAAAAAUUUUCAUUUUUUAGCGUUAAAAAUGAUGUAAAUUUAUAUUUUAUGUUAAGAUAUGAAAAAGAGGUCCAUAUAAAAAUGCAAUAAUUAAUUAAAUUGGAAAUUGAUAGGCAAAAUUAGUGAAUAAUAUUG